AUGGAACUCCUGCCGAUUUUCAGAAAGGCCUACUGGUCUUUGGCGGCUGGAGGUCUGCUUUAUGUGCUUUUUGUUUGCUCUUUAACCUUUCCAGAGGUGCAGCGUUUUGUACUGUACGCCAACAAGAUCAAUCCCACGAUCUGGCAAGAUGUCAAUCAAGUGGAACAGUUUGGAUUCCUGAGAACCCAAGUCCAGCCAUUCCAUUUGGUGACACCGGACAAUGAAACGCUCUAUGGGUGGCAUUUGAUGCCCGUACACCUGUGUUUGGAACAUGAGGAGGAGCUGAUGGAAAGCCCUCCAUCGGGUCCCGCUGAGGAUUACACGACAACGCCUGCAUACAAGUUACUCGCGAACGAUCCCAAUGCACGAGUGGUGGUGAGCUUCCACGGUAAUGCAGCACACUUGGGCUCUGCCCAGCGUCCUCACAAUUACAACACCAUACUGGGCCUUUCGACCCCGUCAAAGCCUGUGCACGUCUUUGCCAUCGACUACCGUGGUUUCGGCGUGAGUACGGGAAGCCCUACCGAAGAAGGUGUCAUCACAGACGGUGUGUCACUUCUGAAUUUCCUCACGGCAGGACCCUUGACAAUUCCCCCCUCUCAAAUCGUCCUCGUGGGCCAAAGUCUCGGCACUGCCGUGACUGCAGCAGUUGCCGAGCGUUUUGCCUUUGGGUCCCCGGAUCCUGCAGCUUUGCAGCCAACUGUCAAGAACCCGGAGCCUUUUGCCGGUGUCGUACUGCUGGCCUCGUUUAGCAGCUUGGCCAAUGUCAUUCAAUCAUAUAGCUUGAAGGGUUUCACACCACCCAUGCUAUCCCCACUUAUGGGCUAUCCCCGCUUCCAGGCAUGGCUGAUGAGCCAUAUUGUGGAUGGGUGGGAUACGGCGGGUCGAUUAGCCCGUCUGACUGGCGUUGCAUCUGUUGACUCGGAUGCGGGAGGGAAAUACACACCUGGAAACCUGGAUCUGACCAUUGUACACGCUUUCGAUGAUGUCGAGAUCCCUUGGUAUGAAAGUCGUGCGGUUUGGAAGGCUGCCACCGGCGAGGAUGUCGUAGGCGCUCCUGGGGAGUUGACGUAUUACAAGGCGGACGAUGGCAAUCCCAGUCAGAUCAAGAUUUGGAAAAAUGAGAUCGUCCAGGGUGACGGCACUUCGAUUGUGAAGACCGUCCGAUGGGAGCGGGUUCGAUACGGAGGUAAGUUGGUAUUCUUGGGAUUCUUUUAUUUUUCUAUUACUUUGCUAAACCUUCUAGGUCACAACCGCGUUGCAUCCGGCUCGGUGGCUGGUUUGGCCGUCAUGAGGGCCUUUGAAAGAUGA